GCUGCGCGCGCCGUGGGGCGGCGACACCACGCGGAAACGGCUGUCAAGAGCGCAGAGGACCCAGUGAAGACACGAGGGAAGUCUUUUUAAUUCAUUCCGAGCUGGGUGGGAGAGGCGCGCCUCUCUUGGGCCCCUUGUCGCCUCUCCCCGCCCCCGGUAUGGAUGAACACUUCAACCUCAUAGACUCGCCGUCGACGCGCUACAGGGGAAACAACGCCGAGAAUCGCGGCUACGCGGAGACAGAAAAGGGCAGCAUGACGGUGAUGGCGGCGGAGUUGCUGGAGGAAUCGGCUGCGCUGCCCGGCCACCUGUCGCUGGAUCGGUAUGAGGCGGAGCACGAGUGCUGUGAGAGAGUGGUCAUUAACAUCUCGGGCCUGCGCUUCGAGACGCAGCUCAAAACUUUCAACCAAUUUCCGGACACCCUGCUCGGCGAUCCGAAAAAGAGGAUGCGCUACUUCGAUCCGCUCAGGAACGAGUACUUUUUCGACAGGAAUCGUCCAAGCUUCGACGCCAUCCUCUACUACUACCAGUCAGGCGGGCGCAUCCGGAGACCCGUCAACGUGCCCAUAGAUAUUUUCUCGGAAGAGAUCCGCUUUUACCAGCUUGGCGAAGAAGCGAUGGAGAAAUUUCGUGAGGACGAGGGUUUUAUCAAAGAAGAAGAGCGCCCUUUGCCUAGCCAUGAGUUCCAGAGGCAAGUCUGGCUUUUAUUUGAGUACCCGGAGAGCUCCGGCCCGGCCAGGGGCAUCGCCAUCGUGUCAGUACUGGUCAUUCUGAUCUCCAUCGUCAUUUUCUGUCUGGAGACUUUGCCUGAGUUUAGGGACGAUAAGGACCCGGUCACUGUAGCGCCUGUUAUAAACGGAACUGGCCCGUACGGGUCAGGCUCUUUUACUGACCCGUUUUUUGUUAUCGAGACGCUUUGUAUCAUCUGGUUCUCCUUUGAGCUGCUUGUCCGCUUCUUCGCCUGUCCCAGCAAAGCCACCUUUUCCAAAAACAUCAUGAACAUAAUCGACAUCGUGGCUAUAAUUCCGUAUUUCAUCACCCUGGGUACGGAGUUGGCCGAAAGACAGGGUAAUGGGCAGCAGGCCAUGUCUCUGGCCAUCCUGCGCGUGAUCCGCCUAGUGCGCGUGUUUCGCAUCUUCAAGCUGUCGCGCCACUCCAAGGGCCUCCAGAUCCUCGGGCAGACGCUCAAAGCCAGCAUGCGGGAACUUGGCUUGCUUAUUUUCUUCCUUUUCAUCGGGGUCAUUUUAUUCUCCAGCGCUGUGUACUUCGCAGAAGCGGACGACCCGGCCUCCAGCUUCAGCAGCAUCCCGGACGCGUUCUGGUGGGCCGUGGUUACCAUGACUACGGUGGGAUACGGAGACAUGCACCCGGUGACCAUCGGCGGGAAGAUCGUCGGCUCGCUGUGUGCCAUUGCUGGGGUUUUGACCAUCGCGCUGCCCGUGCCCGUCAUCGUCUCUAAUUUCAACUACUUCUACCACCGGGAGACGGACGGCGAGGAGCACGCGCAGUACCUGCACGCGGGCAGCUGCGAGCAUCUCGACUCCGCUGAGGAGAUGAAACGGACGCGCAGCACCUCGUCACUCAGCAAAUCGGAAUACAUGGAAGUAAAGAUCAGGUCCCUUAAAGAUUUCUGCUGAUGGGUAUUCAUAUGACAUGAUCAAGCUGACCUGUGGCUCAAUUCCAAACUGGGAAAACAAGUUAUAAAGCAGAGACAGAGCCCGACUGAUCAACAAGCACUAGGCACAGUACAAAGCACAGGACAAAGCACAAAAACUCAUCAGAAAUAUGUCCGUAUUGUUGUAUAUCACCUUUUCAUCAUAUGAAGACUCUAGAAGUGGCCUUCUUCAUUGGUUACACUGCCAGUUUGAAUGUAUAUAACCAAUCAGACCGACACUCAAGGGGCAGAAGCUGAUUACCUUUGACAUCACUGCCUACUGCAGUGAGACAUAUAUAAGUGAGGUUGGUUUUUGUUAUGUUCUUCAUGUAUUCACUGUUUGUGCUGUUUUCAAACCAGGUGUCUGUGUAUAAGUGUGUUGAUACUAAGGCAGUGUUUAUGUAUUAACUAUAUUAUUAGACAUUCCAAGCACCGAAGCACCAAAAUUCUCAAUGUUUUUUGAUGAGAUGAACUAA